AUGCUCGAAUCUCUGGCUGCUAGCGUUUUAAAUCGCUUUCUUGGAGAUUAUGUCGCUAAUCUUGAACAAAACCAAUUAAACAUUGCAAUAUGGUCAGGAUACGUGGGAGAACUUAUUUUAAAUAUCCCUUGGUCGAAUUUGAAGAAUAAGCCUGUUAAAGUUUUCAUAAAUGAUGUCUAUAUUUUAGCGGUUCCGAAAGCUGAAACAGAGUAUGAUCCUGAUGAAAUCGAGAGACGAGCUCAACAACUUAAACAAGAACAAUUAGCAAAUGCUGAACUUCUUCAUACAAGUCAUAUUGAGACGACUGAAGAGGAUCAAAAAAAUCAAUCUUUUAUGACUAAGCUCGUCACGAAAAUUGUUGAUAACUUGCAGAUAUCCAUUAAAAACAUUCACAUUCGUUAUGAAGAUAAACUAAGUGAUCCAGGACAUCCGUUUGCUGUCGGGUUUACUUUAUCAGAAUUCUCAGCUGUAUCGACAGAUUCAAAUUGGAAACCUGCAUUUAUUGAAGGAGAAACCAGUUCAAUCAAUAAAUUAGUUACAUUAGGGUCUUUGGCCAUAUACUGGAAUACAGAUUCAAAGUCUUUGGCUGGGUCUACCACAAAAGAAUCUAUUGCAACGUUUACUAGUUUGAUCGCAUCUGAACAAAAAAUCCCACAAGAACAUCAAUAUAUAUUGAAACCAGUUUCUGGGACUGGACGAAUAACAUUGAAUAAGUACUUUGAAUUAAACACUCCAAAAACUACGGCAAUCCUUUUGUUUGAUGAGCUUGGAUUUAUUUUGGAUGAUGAGCAAUAUAGAGAUGCGUUACUAAUGGCUGACCUAUUCCAUUUUUAUUUACGGCAACAACAGUAUCGAAAGUUCAGGCCUCCAAAUGAAGUAACUCCUAAAAAAGAUCCAAGGGCAUGGCUUCAAUUUGCUGGAAAUUGUAUUAUUUCGGAAAUUCGAGAACGUAAUCGUAAAUUGACAUGGGAAUUCUUCAAAGAACGUCGUGAUGAUCGACAUGAUUAUGUCAAGUCUAUUGCCAAAUCACAAUUAAAAAAGGAAAGGGCAUUGAUAGCAAAGAAAAAGAAGGAACAACAACAACAAGCACUAUCAACGCGUAAAAGUAGUGGUUGGUUUAGUGGUUGGUGGUACGGUGGAGGUUCGGCAGAUUCUUCAGAAAAUGAAACAGUUUGGACUGAUGAACAGCUCCAAGAAUUGUAUGAAGCCAUUGAAUAUGACGAGUCUGAAGUAGCUCCGGAGGCUGUUGAAUUACCUAAAGAGUGGACAAAACUUUUAUUCAAGACUGAGCUUAAGACCGGUUCAUUUGUAUUAAAAAAAGAUCCUCAUGGAAAGAGUACAGAAAUUUUAUCUUUAAUUUUUGACACAGUAACUGCAGAGUUCCUCCAAAGGCCUGAUUCUUUUCAAGCAGAGACUGCAUUAGGAAGUUUAAGUGUGUAUGAUGGUUCUACAGAGGGUACUUUAUAUCCGCAAAUAGUGAAGGUGAAAGAAGAUGUUAUAAGUGAUAUAAAUCCUGAUGAACCAUCGAAUAAACCAUUCUUUCAACUUGUAUUUGAACAUAAUCCUUUGGAUGGACGUGCUGAUAAUGGCCUUUCGUUGAAAAUGAGACAUUUGGAAGUUGUUUAUAAUCAAAAUGCUAUUGAAGCUGUUACUGAAUUUUUCAGGCCUCCAGAACAACAACUAGAAACUAUUACCGCUUUAAUUGAAGCGGCAGGCGAUACCAUUGAAGGACUCAAAGCGCAAACAAGGGCUGUCCUAGAAAUGAAAUUGGAAAAGCAUAAGACUAUUGAUGUUGAAGUUGAUAUGAACGCUCCGAUUAUUAUUGUCCCUAAGAGUUGUACGCAAUCGAACACUGAAGUAGUUGUGCUAGAUUCUGGUCAUAUCAGAGUAGAAAGCAAGCUUGUUAGCAAAGCUGAUAAGGAAGAAAUACAAUCCAAAGCUAAUUCAGAAUAUAGCGAGGCUGAUUACAAACGAUUAGAAUCAUUAAUGUAUGAUCGUUUUUCAGUGCAACUUUCAUCCACUCAGCUUCUCGUUGGUCAAUCGGUGGAGCGUUGCCUAGCUCAAAUUCGUAAUUCUGAACCCAAAUACGAUCUUCACGUAAUCGACCGAAUAAAUCUACAAUUUCUUGUUGAAAUGUCAAUCUUACCACGAGCUCCUAAUCUUACUAAAUUUCGAAUUUCGGGACAUUUACCACUUUUAAAAACAAAUUUCUCUGAUAGAAAAUAUAAAAUAAUUAUGAGCAUUGUUGAAACUGUGACUUCUUCAUCAUCGAGUUCAAAGGAAGAAGUUCCUAAAAUAGAUCCAACUGAUAAAAUGACAUUUGCCAAAGUAGCUAAUGAUCUUCUAAAAGAGAACAAGAACACGAAUACGAAAAAUAGAGGUUGGGAACGAAUAGACCAUAAUAUGAUUGCUAAAUUAGGUUUGGGUAAAUCUCAAGGUUUAGUGCUAAUUGAUAGUGAGAGUGAUGAAGAUGCCCCCGAAGAGCACAACGAAGAAUUUUUUGAUGCGCAAGAUGCGAAUGUUUCAAGUGCAAAGAUGAAUCAAAGAAUGUUUGAAUUUGAAUUCAAAGUGGAUAAAUUUACAACUACGCUUAAAAAGGCGGAUAUAGAUCCUGAUAAACCGGAAGUUGUUCUAGUUGAUAUGGUUUUGGAGCACUUUGGUCUGACUUAUGUACUUCGUCCGUUUGACAUGUCUGCUGAAGUAGUACUUAAAUCUCUCAGUGUUGAAGACAAAAUGACUGACACAGGGUCAGAGUUUAAACAUUUGGCUGCCUCAGAGGGAUAUGGAAAUGCUCAAGCGGAUGAUUCAAAAGAUCUUGUGCAUAUAAAAUACACCAGAGUUGACAAAAAAUCGCCUGAAUAUAUGUCCAAAUUUGAGGGAAUUAGUCAAAGUGUUGAUAUCGAAAUGUCGACCAUAAACAUAAUUGUGACACGUAAAAGCAUAUUGACUUUGUAUAACUUUGUUUUAGAUACAUUUACUUCUCCCACUACAUCAUCCUCCCCACAGUCUAGUGUAGAGACUGAAGCUCUUAUUUCACCAGAGUCUCAAAAUCCACAGCCAUCUCAAACAUCAACAAUGCGUGUCAAAGUGACGCUCACUAGUAUAAGGUUUAUUUUAAAUAACGAUGGAGUCCGGCUCGCAACAGGAUUAUUGUAUCGUGCUAAUGUGGCAGUAUUGCUACUUCAAAAUACUAUUCGCGUCGGAGCUCGAUUGGGAAGCUUCUCUCUAUCUGAUGAUCUGGCGGGACCGAAUACUGAUGAAUCGUUACGACAAUUACUUACAUUGCAAGGAGAAGAAGAUUUGGCUGUUUUUCAAUAUGAAACUUAUGAUGAAUUAACGCCUGGAUAUCCUGGUUAUGAUUCAUCGGUUUCUUUACGUACUGGAUCAGCAAAACUAACUUUUCUCGAGGAGCCACUUCGCCUUUUGCUCGAUUUUGGAAGUAAAUUUGCACAAAUGAAAGGACUUUAUGACUCUGCUCGUAGGGCAGCAGUAUCACAAGCUGUACAAUUGCAAGAGAAAGUUUCGAAGUUUCAUUUUGAUAUUAGUAUUCGUUCACCUAUUAUUGUGUUCCCCCAGGUUAAUACUAAUGAUAUGGUUAUCGCAAAUCUUGGUGAAUUUUCGGCGUCUAAUGAGUUCGAAUCAAAAGAUGGAAAUAAUAGUUAUCUUACUCGAAUCACUGCUGAACUUCAAAAAAUUAGUUUAUCUUCGAAUUUUAUGAUUCCAAAUAUUUCUUCGCCACAAAUUCUUCAAAUUAUUAAUGAUGUAGAUAUUAAUUUUAAAAUUUCAUAUUCGGAGCAUGUUGAAGGUUCGGAAGGGCCUGAUAUGAAGAUUAUUGGUGAGAUGUCAGAUGUUAAAAUGAAUUUAACAGAAAAACAGUACAAAUUCUUGUUCGAUCUUUCAAAUACUGUUUCUCGAGCGUUUAGCAGUCCUGAGGAGCAAGCCCCUAUUUCACCGCAAAGGAGAAUAACUGAUCCCACUCAAAUUCCUCCUCAAAGUAAAACACCCAAUACCUCCAAGGAUAAUUCUUCAAAGAUAGAAGAAGGUGAAGUGAAUCCAUGGGUAACAGUUGGUCUUGUUUUCGAAGUGAAUCAGAUAUAUUUGGAAAUUUUUACCGACGAUGGUUCUCAAGAAAGGAUAUUAGGUGAAACAAGCUUGUCAAGAUUUUCACUUAACCAAACAAAAAUUGAAUAUAAGAUGCUGUCGGACAAUUCAAUGAAAGCAGUACUUCAAAUUCAAUCUGUCACUUUAAGUGAUACGCGUCCGAACAUUAAAAAUAUAUAUCGAGAUAUUUUACCUAAAGUUAAUUUGGGCAAACCGCAGUUCCUUAUUGAUCUUGCAAUGUCUGGAGGUUCCGAAAGAAAUAUUAUCGCGCUUGUCAAAUUUAGCAGUCCUAAAUUAAUACUCACGUUGGAUCAUUUAUUUGCUACUCGCAACUAUUUCAUGAGUGCUUUUGACACACCGUCUUCAUCUAAUGAGGCCACUCCACAAGCUCAGUCCUCUGAUACUUUGCCUCCAUUGAAACCCCCAAGACCCAAAACUUCUCCGACAACAACCCAACCUCCGACGUUACCGCCAAGGCCGGUAGCUAAACAACCACAACAAACAACCUCAUUGAGUUAUCGAGUGGAAAUUGAUUCGGCUGAAAUAAUAUUGUUGGCCAAUCCUCAUCUGACCAGUAGUGAGGCAGUUGUCCUUUCUUCUCAGAAAAUGGUUCUUGUACAACAAAGUGCGAUAUUGCUAAAUGUUGAUCAAGUUGGGAUGUUUUUAUGUCAAAUGGAUAAAAGAGAAUCCACUCUUUUAAGGUUCAUUGAUAACUUUGAUUUAUCAUUAACGAUGAAUACUCAAUCUUCGAAACCAGAACAACAAAUCACAGAUAUUAAUGUCGAAAUUGGUGCUCUUAUUUUGAGAGUGUCUUAUAGAGAUGUCCUUCUUAUUUUAUCUAUUGUAAAUAAAGUUUCAGAACUAUCUUCUCAACCUUCGUCUUCGGCUGCUACGAAACAACCUGAAACAACAGUUGAGAGUCCUAUAGACAACGUGCGACCUAGUAAUACACCAUCGAGGUCAUUCAAUUAUAAUACCUUAACUACUACUAAAAAAAGCAGCAAUUCAUCCAAAAGUCGUGUAACCCCGGUUGUGUCUAGGGAAUCGUUAAAGGUUAAAUUAAAAGGCGCAAGGCUCAUUUUAAUUGGAGACGAACAUGACAUUCCAAUGAUCGAUGGCAGUUGUGACAAAAUUAAUGUAGAAGUUGUAAAUUGGUCGUCGCAGCUUAGUGUUGAUGCCAAUGUUUUUACUUAUGUUAAUUAUUUCAAUCUUACAAAUUCGCAUUGGGAACCGUUGAUUGAACCUUGGCAAUAUAGUGUUCAUGCUUUAAAACAAGCGGUUCCAGAGAGUAUGGUGAUUGAUAUUACUUCACAAAAAAGACUGGAAGUAAAUAUUUCUCACAUUUUCUUGGAAACAAUGUUGACUACCCUUUCUAUAAUUAACCAUGUAUCUGAGCAUUUAACAACUACCGCUAGGGGUUCCAGGACUCCAUAUAUAUUAAGGAAUAAAACUGGGUAUAGCAUGAAUGUUUGGGCAAUUUCAUCUGCUGAUGCUAAUGACACUGAAGUAAAAUUAAUGAAUGAUGGUCAAGAAUUAGAUUGGAGGUUUGAUGACUGGCGUAAAAUGCGUGAGGCGAUGACUGUAACAAAAAAUAUGCUUGGAAUUCAAUUUGAAGGCUCCAAUUGGGAAUGUAUUAAAGAUAUUACAGUAGAUAGAGAAGGGGAGACCCUUUAUAUUUUACGUCCAAAAUUAAAUGAGGUUUAUCACCGAUUGGUAGUUGAUGUGAAGUUAGUGAAUAAUAUAAAGGUGGUUACUUUCCGAUCGGCACUUGUCGUUGAGAAUCGUACAAAUUUAACAAUGGAAUUAUUGGUUGUUGAUACUUAUGGCAAUCAUGUCUCGAAAGUUUAUCAGAUUGGGUCUGGGGAAGAUUGUCCUAUUCCAAUCGAAGCUGCAUAUUACCACAAAUUCAAAAUUAGGCCAGAGGGCGGUUUUGGUUACGAUUGGAGUCUUCAGAGCCUAUAUUGGAAAGAUUUCUUGAAGCCAGGUCCUGUUACCACAGUUUCAUGCCAUUCAAUUCAGGAUAAUUUUCCAUUCCGGUUCCAAGUAUUUUCUCGAUAUCAAAAGAAAAACCCCCUUGUCAAAGAAUAUCCUUGCAUGGCCAUCACUCUAAAUGCACCAAUUCAAAUCGAGAAUUUGUUACCUUACGAUAUCGUAUUUAGAAUUAAUGACAAUGAUAUCAAGCAGGAUUUGGCAGGAAAUAGAUUGGAAAAGGGACAAGUGACAUCACUUCAUCUUAUUAAUUCAGAACACGUAUUAGCGCUUAAUAUAGAAGAAAUAACAGAUACAGCUUUCAAGAAAUCCGAAUGGGCUAUCAUUAAUUCACCAGACAAGUCUGAGUAUCAAAUCGACAAGACAUUGACUGUAACAGAUGAUAAAAAUUUGGAAUUAAAACUCCGUAUACAUUACUAUGAAAUCCCUGAUUCUGGAGGCGCAUUUAAGAUCAGUAUUUAUAGUCCUUACGUAAUGGUAAAUAAAACUGGCCUGGAUAUGUCCUUUAGAUCAAAAUCCCUUUUUUCAUCUGCCAAGGAUACAGCUGGUCAAGGAUUUGUAUCAAGAAAAGAGAAAAACCAACAAGUUAGUGCAUCUGAUUUAAUUAGAAUCCUUUACGUAGCGCCAUAUAUGUUUUCUUAUGCCGAUGAUAAUAAUCAAAAUCGUGCCCUUUUGAAAGUGGGAGAUUCAGAAUGGAGCAAGCCUUUGAGUUUUGAGGCAGUUGGAACAUUCUUAGAAGUUGUGAUUUCAUCAAAUUCAAGCGCGGAAGAAAUUCACUUGGGUGUGAGCAUCCAAGAGGGUCAUCAAAAAUAUAAAUUGACUAAAAUUGUUACAUUCACGCCGCGAUUUAUUAUAAAAAAUAAUCUAAGUAAUGACCUUAUUUUCCGUGAGCCAGAAGCAACAAAUGAAACUUGUGUUAAGGCCAAAAAUCGAGAGCCACUUCAUUUCUUGAAGCAAAAACAAUUGGUUCUACGUUACCACGAUUCAAAUUCAUGGUCUGCUCCUAUAAAUAUCGAUGAACUUGGAAGAGUUCACCUCAAGUUAGAAAAAUCUGACAGUGAACUUGAUUUAAUUCGGACGGAAGUCUUACUCGAAGACGCUACUGUAUUUGUCAUAUUCAAUAAAGAAAAUGGGAAAUGGCCUUUUAAUGUCGAAAAUUAUUCUGAUGUUGAUGUAGUUUUCUACCAGCAGGAGCCGAGUCGUCGUGAAUUGUUCGGCGGAUCAAGUUCUCAGCCAUCUCCAUCCAAAAAAUAUACUCUUAAACCUAGAAAUACUUCUCCAUAUUCAUGGGAUUACCCAGCUCAUAAAGAAAAGAGAUUAGUGUUAAAAGUUAAUGGUCAUGAACGAGUUGUUAACAUUCAAGAAAUCGGGUCACUUUUACCAUUUAAAUGCUCUGCUAAUGGGGUACCCCACAUCUUAGCAAUUGAGGUUGUUGCGGAUGGUCCCACACAAGUUUUAUUACUAUCAAAUUACAAUCCAUCCGAAAGCUUGUAUAGACCGAAGGCUCCAUCGGUUACAUCAUCAUCAAAUACCGAUAGUUCGGCAUUCGAAGUGAUUGAUGUUGAUUUAGUGAUUACUCUAACAUUCCAAAUAAGGCUUGAGGGCAUUGGAAUUUCUGUGAUAAACAAGCGCAUGCAGGAAUUAGCUUAUGCGUCUGUUCGUGGACUAGAAUUUACUUAUAAUGAUUCCACAUUGUAUCAAUCAAUUAAUUUCUUUGUCAAAUGGUUACAGAUUGACAAUCAGCUAUACGGGGGGAUUUAUCCCAUUAUUUUGUACCCAACAGUUAUUCCUAAAGAAACCAAUGAUUCCGAGCUUGUUCAUCGGGCAUUCCACGCAUCUCUUACUAAAGCGAAGGAUGAUUCCCACGGUGUUACCUACUUUAAAUACUUUUCUAUGCUCCUGCAAGAGAUGACGUUUGAAAUAGACGAAGACUUUCUCUUUGCACUACUUGAUUUUACAAAAAUUCAAGGCUUCACCACGCAAGAACCUGAUGCGCCACUCAUCGAUGGUACUCUAGAUAUUCCUGAACCAAAAACUGCAGAGGGCGAUAACCAACUGUAUUUCGAAGUUUUACAUAUUAAUCCGAUGAAAAUAAAUAUAUCAUUUGUUAGAACUGAGCGUAUCAAUGUUGAAAACAAACCUGCACCUCGAAAUCCGGUUAUGUUUUUCUUCAAUGUUUUAACGAUGGCAAUAGGGAAUAUUAAUGAUGCCCCAAUUAAGCUUAAUGCUCUUGUUAUGGAGAAUAUGCGCGUUAGCUUUCCCGUUCUAAUAGAUCGUAUACGGCAGCAUUAUGGAGAAGCCUUCAUUUAUCAGGUCCACAAAAUUGUUGGAUCCGCAGACUUUUUGGGCAACCCUGUGGGUUUAUUUAACAACCUUAGCUCUGGUGUCGUUGAUAUUUUCUAUGAACCUUAUCAAGGCAUUGUCAUGAGCGACAGACCACAUGACCUGGGAAUUGGGAUUGCUAGAGGCGCAACGAGCUUUGUUAAAAAAACGGUGUAUGGAUUCAGUGAUAGUGUUUCAAAGUUCACUGGAAGUAUUGGAAAGGGUCUUGCGGCUGCUACAUUGGAUAAAACUUUUCAAGAUCGGAGGCGUAUGUCACAAUACAAAAAUAGGCCAAAACAUGCAUUUUACGGCGUGGCUCAAGGGGCGAAUUCUUUGGUUACAAGUAUCGGUAGUGGCUUCGAAGGGCUGGUUCGCAAACCUAUUGAAGGAGUCGAAAAAGAGGGUGCUACUGGCUUAAUCAAAGGAGUCGGCAAAGGCAUUGUUGGAUUUGUGACAAAACCUGUCGUCGGUAUACUUGAUUUAACUAGUAAUAUAACAGCAGGUAUUCGUAACACAACAACCGUAUUUGAUGAGAACGAAAUUGUACCUACACGUUUGCCUCGAUAUGUUGGUCGUGACGGAAUUUUAAGACCCUAUCAACAAAGAGAAGCUUUAGGACAAUCAUGGCUGAAACAGUUGGAAGAUGGAAAAUAUUUUAACGAUGAAUAUGUGGCACAUCUUAAUCUUAUAGGAAAUGACCAAAUCAUAAUGCUCACUAGAACUCGUAUGAUGUUGGUAAAAAUCAAGAAAAGAGGGUUGAAAGUUGAUUGGGAAGUUCCGUUUUCAGAUCUUCAAGCCAUUAACUUGCAAAGCACCGGAAUCUUGCUUACACUUAGAGGAAAUAACACUGGUCCAUUUAUUCCCAUUUCGGAUCAAUCAGACAAAGAAUGGUUUGAGAGACAAGUGGAACAAGUUAUAAAUGAGCUUAAUGCUGAGAAAAAGGCUAACGUGACUGUAUAA